AAUGACAGGCUAUUUGAGAGAGAAAUUCUUGAGAGAGAGUAAGAUCCUGCCGAAACUCCCGCUUUCGUGCAUAGGGAUUUGCGACCAGGUUCACUUUUUUCCGUCUGCGGAUACACCCUCGCAUAUUCUCUCUCUUCCCCGCUACCCUUUUCUAUUAAGCUUUCUCUCCCUUCCUUCGCCCUCGUUCUCUCUCUCUCUCUAUGUACGUUUCAAUCUUCAGUGUCUUUUGGUCCUUAGCCUGUCAUCCUCUGCAACGAAUCCUUCGAUUCCUUUCCUUUAACGUUUUCCUCUCAGAUCCUCUCUCGCCUGAAUUUCACCGGAUCACCUCCAUUUCUCGCUUGUAACUCCAAAACCUUAGUCAUAAAUAAGAGUUCCAAGCUUGAUCGCCUAUCCAACCAUGAUCGCCAAUCCAACCGUGGCCGUUUGAUUUGAUUCUCUCUCUCUCUCUCUCUCUCUUGCUCGCUCGCUCUAAGUCGUAAAGCGUCUUCAAUGGGCCAGUGCUAUGGCAAGAACGUUGCAGUAGAGGACGCAGGAGUUGGCCGGAAAAAUGGCCGGGAAAUGCCGCCUCCUGCAAAUUCCAGCAAUGGAGCUUUGCCCUCGGUUAAAAACACGCCUGUUCACUCUUCGUCUAAUAGUCCGUGGCCAAGCCCUUAUCCCCACGCUCAAAGCCCUUUACCAGCUGGGAUAGCUCCAUCUCCAGCUAGGUCAACACCAAGAAGGUUUUUUAAGCGACCGUUUCCUCCUCCUUCUCCUGCUAAACACAUAAAGGCCUCUCUGGUUAAGCGCUUGGGGCCUCAAAAACCUAAAGAAGGUCCCAUACCAGAGGAUGGAACAGAGGUUGAGAGGCCAUUAGAUAAGAACUUUGGUUACAGUAAGAAUUUUACGUCCAAGUAUGAGUUGGGUAAGGAGGUGGGGAGAGGGCAUUUUGGUCAUACGUGCUCGGCUAGGGCACGAAAAGGCGAGCUAAAGGGUCAGCUUGUUGCUGUGAAGAUCAUCGCGAAAGCUAAGAUGACAACUGCAAUUGCAAUAGAAGAUGUUCGUAGGGAGGUGAAAAUCUUGAGGGCACUUUCUGGACAUAAAAAUUUAGUCAAGUUUUAUGAUGCAUGUGAGGAUGCCAAUAACGUCUACAUAAUCAUGGAAUUAUGUGAAGGUGGGGAGCUGUUGGACAGAAUUUUAUCCAGAGGUGGAAGAUACACGGAAGAAGAUGCAAAAGUUAUUGUUGUACAAAUAUUGAGUGUUGUAGCCUUUUGUCAUCUCCAAGGUGUUGUUCAUCGUGAUUUGAAGCCAGAGAAUUUUCUCUUUACUAGUGGCGCGGAGGAUGCACCCAUGAAGAUCAUUGAUUUUGGUCUUUCUGACUUUAUCAGACCAGAUGAUAGACUGAAUGAUAUCGUUGGCAGUGCGUAUUAUGUAGCACCUGAAGUCCUACAUAGGUCAUACAGUAUGGAAGCUGACAUAUGGAGUAUUGGUGUCAUAACCUAUAUCUUAUUAUGUGGAAGCAGGCCAUUCUGGGCACGAACUGAAUCAGGAAUAUUUCGUGCUGUUUUAAGAGCUGACCCAAAUUUUGAUGAUGCUCCUUGGCCUGCAGUCUCUCCUGAAGCAAAGGAUUUUGUUAAAAGGCUUCUGAUUAAGGAUCACCGUAAGAGAAUGACUGCUGCUCAAGCAUUGACUCACCCAUGGUUACGAGAUGAACAGCAUCAUAUCCCAUUGGAUAUAUUGAUCUACAAAUUAGUCAAAUCAUAUCUCCGGGCGACACCAUUCAAACGUGCUGCAUUAAAGGCACUAUCAAAAUCGCUAUCCGAGGAUGAGUUACUGUACCUUAGUUCACAGUUUAAGCUCUUGGAACCAAAUAGAGAUGGACGGGUUUCUCUUGAAAACUUUAAAAUGGCUCUCUUGAGAAAUGCAACGGAUGCCAUGAAGGAGUCGAGGGUCCUUGACAUCUUAAAUUCGAUGGAAUCCCUCUCAUCAAGGAAAAUGAACUUUGAAGAGUUCUGUGCUGCUGCAAUCAGCACAUAUCAACUGGAAGCUCUUGAAGGAUGGGAGCAGAUUGCAAGCAAAGCAUUUGAGUGUUUUGAAGUGGAGGGCAACCGAGUCAUCUCUGUGGAAGAAUUGGCUGGGGAAAUGAAUCUUGGGCCAAGUGCCCACUCGGUUCUUCAUGAUUGGAUCAGGCAUUCUGAUGGAAAACUAAGUUUCCUUGGCUAUACAAAAUUUCUCCAUGGUGUGACAUUGCGCAGUUCAAACACAAGACACCAUUAGUGGGCCUUUUUUUUGGCAGUUGAAUUGUCAAUUGUUCCUACAUUUAUGGCAUUUCAAGGAGUUUGUAGUUUCAAAUUUUUAGUUUUUUUUCUUUUGUUAUUUAUCCAUCCUGGUAUUUCUUUUAUUCUUGUUUUUGUGGGAGAAAAUGUGUAUAGGUGAACAAUGGUAGAGCCGCGCGGUGAGGUUCUCCGAAGAAUGAAAUUAGCACGCUAUCGGUAUUCUUUUUA